AUGGCCGUGUGCAUUCCAUCUGUGUUGGCCAACUUUGUGUCGGAUUGCGCGGAUAUCGCAUGCGCGACUGAACUGACGGCAAACUACUUCCUGUCCGCCCUUGUGCCACCAACUUCGAUGAGCCUACCUCAAGUUACCUUCACGGAGGACCUCCUUGGGCCAGAUCAACGAUGCGGCUCAGUGGAUUUGUCUUCCUGGCUCGCGGCGGCGUCCACUGCUCUCGCCUCCGCGGCUUCGGCACCGUAUGCACCUGAAUAUGCAGUGGGGUCAGCGGCAACAUCCUUUUCAUCAUCCUCAGCGACAACUACGGCGGCGCCGAAGCCCACUUCAACUCAUGUGUGGCGUCCGAUUGUGCUUGCAGUGGUCUGUACGGUGUUGCUCACCUUCCUCGCCACUGACUCACUUCUACUUGUUUUUGUGCAACGAAGGCGUGCGGCGUUGCGCGCGGUUUGCGAGGAGAGCGACCACUGCCCAACGUAG